GAGCGUGGGUGCAUCCGCGCGAACCAGCCCUCCGUGCGGGAGGAAGGGAGGACAGACGGUGAUGAGCCGGACCAGGCGGGGGGCUGGGACUAGGCCGGGAAGCGAGGAGCGCGGUGCCUGGUCUCCCCAGCUCUACCUGACGGGGCUGCCAUUCACCCAGUGGGGCUGGAAGGUGGCUGGGCUGGGAACGGGGAAUCCAGGUCCCCGAGGGGCAAUGCCUGACGCCUGCCUGGGGAGAGAGGAAGCUGAGCACAUGUAAAUAGGAGGCUUCGUUUCCUCCUUUAUUUCUUUUGCUCCGAGAGGACGUUUUUGGUAGCCCAGUGUCAGGAAUUCUAUCUCCGGCUCCGCAGUGGUUCGCUCCCCAGUCCCGCGGUGACCAGUAGCCUCCGGGUCUCGGAGCCCAACCUGGACCAGAGAAGCUUCCCGAGGCCAUGCUGACGCUCCGGGCGCUCCUGGGGGGCCAGGGGGCCAGUCGCAGCCCAUGGAGAUGCCGUUCAAUUCCGAAUCCCACGACCACCAGCUGCUGUCAGAUGGUGAGACCAAGACCAAGACUGGAGAGCUGGCUUCAGAGGAAGGAAUCACAGCAGAAACUGAACCAUUGACUGAAGAGUCUGACAGCCCCAGAGACGAUGUUCUCCAGGAUUCUGAAUGCAGAGAAUUCCAUGAAUUGGGGGAUACAUUAAAUGAAAAGGAGAAGAACCGCUUUAAAAGAAGACAACAUAACUGUGAUGAAUGUGGGCAAAGCUUUGCUUGGAGUACAGGCCUCAUUAGGCAUCAAAGAAGCCAUUGGGAGAAACCCUAUGAAUGUGGUAAGUGUGGGAAGGCCUUUAGUGUGAGCUCAGCUCUGGUUCUGCAUCAAAGAAUUCAUACUGGGGAGAAACCCUAUCCUUGUCAUUGGUGUAUUAAAAGUUUCAGUCGGAGCUCAGACCUUAUUAAACAUCAAAGAGUCCACACUGGUGAAAAACCCUAUAAAUGUGAUGAAUGUGGGAAAGCCUUCAGUCAGAGCUCAGAUCUCAUUAUACAUCAGAGAAUCCACACAGGAGAAAAACCCUAUCAGUGCAGCCACUGUCGUAAAAGUUUUAGUCAGCGCUCAGACCUGGUGAAACACCUGAGAAUCCAUACUGGAGAGAAGCCUUAUACAUGUAACCAGUGUAACAAACAUUUUAGUCAGAGUUCUGAUGUUAUAAAACAUCAAAGAGUCCACACUGGUGAAAAACCAUAUAAAUGUGAUGUGUGUGGGAAAGCCUUCAGUCAGAGCUCUGACCUUAUUCUGCAUCAGAGAAUCCAUACUGGGGAGAAACCAUAUCCAUGUGAUCAGUGUAGCAAAAGUUUCAGUCAGAACUCAGACCUUAUUAAACAUCGAAGGAUCCACACUGGAGAGAAACCCUAUAAAUGUAAUGAAUGUGGGAAGGCUUUUAAUCAGAGUUCAGUCCUUAUUCUGCAUCAGAGAAUCCACACUGGAGAGAAACCCUAUCCGUGUACUCAUUGUAGCAAAACGUUCAGCAGACUUUCAGAUCUUAUUAAUCAUCAGCGAAUUCACACUGGAGAGAAGCCUUACCCAUGUGACCAGUGCAGUAAAAUGUUUAGUCGAAGAUCAGAUCUUGUGAAGCAUCAUAGGAUUCAUACGGGUGAGAAACCAUAUGAAUGUGAUGAAUGUGGGAAAACCUUCAGUCAGAGCUCCAACCUUAUUCUACAUCAGAGAAUCCACACAGGAGAGAAACCCUAUCCGUGCAGUAAUUGUUCUAAAAGCUUUAGUCGUCGUUCAGACCUUGUUAAACAUCAAAGAAUCCACACUGGAGAGAAACCAUAUGCAUGUAAUCAGUGCAAUAAAAGUUUUAGUCAAAGCUCGGACCUCACUAAACAUCAGAGAGUGCACUCUGGGGAGAAGCCCUAUCAUUGCAACAGUUGUGAGAAAGCCUUCAGUCAGAGUUCUGACCUUAUUCUUCAUCAGAGAAUUCACACUGGAGAAAAACCAUACCCAUGCACACAGUGCAGCAAAAGUUUCAGUCAGAACUCGGACCUUAUCAAACACCAGAGAACCCACACCGGGGAGAAACCAUACAAAUGUAAUGAGUGUGGGAAAGCCUUUAGUCAGUGCUCAGCUCUGAGCCUACAUCUGAGGAUCCACACUGGGGAGAAACCGUAUUGGUGUGAUCAGUGUGGCAAAAGCUUUAGUCGGAGCUCUGAUCUCAUUAACCAUCAAAGAAUCCACAAUGGUGAAAAGCCAUAUAGAUGUGAUACAUUUGGAAAGCCUUUGGCACAUGCACUGAUGUUACUGAACAUCAGAGAAUCCACACUGGGGAGGGACCCCACCCAUGUAUUCAGUGCAGCAGUUGUUUUACCCAAAUCUCUGAACUUAUUGAUCAUGAGAAAGUCCAUUCUGGCCAAGACAAUCUAAUUGUGACGAAUGUGAGAAAACCUUUAGUGUACACACCAACUUUAUUCAGUACCAGAGACACUAUACUGGAAAAAAGUUUAUGAAU